CAUCCCACUGACCGCGGACACGCAGCCCUCCUGCUUUCAAAGGAGGGGAAAGGAUCACUCCUGUUUCUUCACACAGCCUGCAGAUUCACAGAAGACCUCGGACAUCUUUUUUCUUCUUCUCCUUCCUCCUCUCAGUUGAAUCUGUGUUCAUCCAAUGGGUCCGUGCGCAGCGCUGCUCUGCUGUGUGGUCGCAGCUCUCCUCGGCCAAGGAGCCGGUCAGAUCUCCAUAGAGGACUGCUGUAAAGAUGGCCAGAAGCGUGGCAAUGACAACGAAGAUUGUACGUCCCUCCCUCUCAUCUCGGAGUCGAUCACGUGCAGGAUAGUGCAGGAGCAGUGCUGCGUAUCAGUGCUGGAGGAUAACAUGUGCACCACCGGUAUCAACAUGGCCAAAGACCAAGGACUCUGCGAUUCCUUAUUCACCAACACCUGCGAGACCAAGACUACAAAGAUGUGCUGCGACUGUUGCCUUCUGGGUAAGGCGACGCAGGCGGAGGAUCUGCCCUGUGACCACAACCUGUCGGUGGGCUACCAGUGCGGCCUGGUGUUCCGGGCCUGCUGCGUGGACGGAGCCCCGGACAACGAGACCACAGCCACACCCAAACCUGAACUACCAAACAAGGAGGACACCUCUGACACCGGAGAUAAUUCCAUAUCGAUUGAUCAGUGCAACGGUAAAUGUGCUCACGACUGCGUGGCCAACGACACCUGCGCCUGCUCCAAAGGCUACAAACUCAAGCCGGACGGAAAGAGCUGUGACGAUAUCAACGAGUGUUUGAUGGGCGCCAUCAACUGUCGCGUGGGCGAGCGCUGCAUCAACACGGAGGGCUCCUUCCGCUGCCAGAGAGAGAUCAGCUGCGGCACCGGCUACGAACUCACCGACGACAACAACUGCAAAGACAUCGACGAGUGCGAGACUGGCAUCCACAACUGUGGCCCGGAGUUCGAGUGCAAAAACAGCCAGGGGUCGUUCCGUUGUCUCCCGACGGUCAAGUGUGGUCCCGGCUUCAUCCAGGAUGCCCUCGGCCACUGCAUUGAUAUCAAUGAAUGCGUCAGCCAGACGGGGCCCUGCCCCCGCGGGCAGACCUGCCUCAACACGGUGGGCUCCUACAUGUGCCAGAGGAACUCCGUCAACUGCGGCCGGGGGUACCACCUCAACGAGGAGAGCACGCGCUGCGUCGAUAUCGAUGAGUGUAAGGCAAUCGAAACCGUCUGCUCAGGUCACGGUUGCGUCAACCUGAUCGGAUCCUUCCGCUGCGAGUGUGAGGCCGGCUACAUCUUCAACAGCAUCAGUCGGACGUGUGAGGAUAUUAAUGAAUGCAGGCACUACCCCGGACGCCUGUGUGCCCACAAGUGUGAAAACAAUCUGGGGUCCUACGCGUGUAGCUGCACCACCGGCUUCAAGCUCGCCCCCGAUGGCAGGAACUGUGACGAUCUGAACGAGUGCGAGAGCAACCCGUGCAGUCAAGAGUGCGCCAACGUGUACGGCUCCUACCAGUGUUACUGUCGCCGCGGCUACCAGCUCAGCGACAUGGACGGCAUCACUUGCGAAGAUAUCGAUGAGUGUGCGCUGCCCACUGGAGGUCAUAUCUGCUCCUACCGCUGCCACAACACGCCGGGCAGCUUCCACUGUUCCUGCCCCGCCAGCGGCUACACCUUGGCCCCCAACGGGCGCAGCUGCCAGGAUGUCGAUGAAUGCGUGACGGGAACACACAGCUGCACCGUGAACCAGAGCUGCUUCAAUGUGCAGGGAGAGUUCCGCUGCCUGUCCUUCGAGUGUCCGAGCAGCUACCGGCGUGUCGGAGACACAGUGCCGAAGCUUCAACGCUCUGACACCAUUCGCUGUAUAAAGUCCUGUCUGCCCAAUGACGUCGCCUGUGUCCUGGACCCCAUGCACUCGGUGUCCCACACCUUCAUCUCUUUGCCCACCUUCAGAGAGUUCACCAUGCCAGAGGAGAUUGUGUUCCUGAGAACCACAGUGCCGGCUUACGGGUCCUACCACUUAGGCAGCUACGACGUCAAGUUUGACAUCCUGGAGGGCAACGUGGAGAACGCCUUCGACAUCCUCAAGCGGGUAGAGAACGGGAUGUAUGUGGGUGUUGUUCGCCAGGUGAAACUUCUGAUUGGUCCACUGGCGCUAGUCCUGAAACUGUCCAUGCGCAACCUGACAACUCAAGGCGAAUCCGGCCAGAACAUCAUCAACGUUCACGUCUUUGUCUCAGAGUUCUGGUUCUGAGAGGUGGAUACCACAUGAAGACAUCCAUUGUGAACACUGUACACAUUGGGUUUAUUAUAUCAAUGCAUAGAUCAGUGUUGAGGUUGUAAUGCUACGUGUGAUCACUCGUGACGGUUCCUGAGAUGGAAGGCGACUCGCUGCUUCUGAUGACUCACUUCUGCAUUACAACUGGCACAAUGGAGCUAAAUAUGGAGAAACUUUAUGUUAUUAAAAGCCUAUUAAGAAAGAAGACACCCAGAAAGUUGUGCAUGCAUUAAGAAAGGUCUAAGAAGGAUACAACGAUAAUAUUAUAUUUUCAUGACAUUAUAAGCCUUUGUUUUUUGUAGCAUUCACUUUUCCUCCAUUACUGUAUGCAUAGGAUGAGGUAUUUUUUCUAUGGAAUAAACAAUAUUUUAGUUACA